AUGGCGACCCAUCCACUCCUAUACACAUGUGUCGCUCAUCGCACGACUGUUCUGGCAGAAUACACGCCUUUCCCGUCCUCCUCUAAGAACUCAUCGUCCGUAGCCCAGAUAGCGUCGGUGGUUCUCCCCAAGAUCUCCCACGACCAGCCACAGAAACUCACGUACACAUAUGGCGAACAUCUCAUCAACUAUGUCUCGACGUCUACAUCCGCGUCUUCACUCACGUUCCUCCUUGUUACGGAUAAGUCCGUAGCAAGGAAAACCUCAUUCGGGUUCUUACAGAAGGUCCAGGAAGAAUUCGGUCUCAAGUACACACCGGCUAUGGUGGAGGAUGCUCCUCCGUAUGGUUGUGCCGAGUUCAAUAAAGUUUUGAAAGAGCAGGUUCAGAUCUAUGCCGCUGGGAAUGGGGAGGAUCUUGGUGGCAACAAUGCACGAAACGUCCAAGCCGAAAUCGACGCCGUGAGAGGGAUCAUGACAGAAAACAUCGAACGAGUUCUGGAACGAGGGGAGCGAAUUGACCUUCUUGUUGAUAAGACCGAUCGUUUGGGAGAAGGCGCUCGGGGCUUUAGGGUUGGUGCGAGAAGACUACGGAGGCAGAUGUGGUGGAAGAACAUGAAAUUGAUGGUUCUCCUCUGGGUUGUCAUCAUUUUCUUAGUCUACCUAUUCGUCGGAUUUGGGUGUGGUUUGCCUGGCUGGCAACGAUGUAUCGGAAAAUCGAACUAA